CCAGGUUUGGCCACGGCCCGGGGCCGGUGCGCUUAUUAUAAGGCGGAGCUCGGCGGGAGAGGUGCGGGCGGAAGCGGCGCCGAGCGGAGAGGACUCCUCCGAGGAGGGCAGGAGCCAGCCAGCCGACCCCGCCGCCCUGGUCCCGGGCCGGGCCGGAGCCCAGGUUGCCCCGAGCGCGCAGCCCCGACCCGCGCAGCCCCGCGCCCGCCGCCGGCCCGGGCAGCAUGAGGAGCGCGGCGCUCUGGCUCUGGCUCUGCGCCCUGGCACUGCGCCCGCCGCCGGCCCUCGCGCAAAUCGUGACCACAAAUGUGCCCCCCGAAGAUCAGGACAGCUCUGGGGAUGACUCUGACUUCUCCGGUUCAGGUGCAGGUGCCUUGCAAGAUAUCACCCUGUCGCAUCAGACCCCCUCUACCUGGAAGGACCCAUGGCUCCUGACAACCACGCCCAAGGCUCCGGAGCCCACCGGCACCGACGCUGCCCCCACCUCCACCCCGACAGCUGUAGAGGGGCCCGUGGAGGAGCACGCGGUGGUCCUGGCAGAGGCAGAGCCUGACCUCACUGCCAAGGAGAAGGAGACCACCCACCCCCCCAGGGGGCCCACACAGCACCCAGCCACCCCCCAGGGCUCAACAGCCAGAGCCACCACAGCUCAGGCACCCACCACCACCCGUCCCCACAGGGACACACAGCCUGAGCACCCCGAGACCUUGGCGCCCACAGAGCCCAGCCGGCUCGACCUGCAGGUUCUUGCCAUGGAGGACGGAGCCUCCAGUCCGUUCCCAGCAGAAGAGGGCUCCGGGGAGCAGGACUUCAUCUUCGAAACAUCCGAGGAGAGCAUGGAUGCCGUGGAGCCUGGGCCUCGGAGCCAGCAACCCGAGGAGCCGGGGAGCCCGGGGGCCUCCCAGGGCCUCCUGGACAGGAAAGAGGUCCUGGGAGGGGUCAUCGCCGGCGGCGUCGUGGGGCUCAUCUUUGCCGUGUGCUUGGUGGGCUUCAUGCUGUACCGGAUGAAGAAGAAGGACGAGGGGAGCUACUCCCUGGAGGAGCCGAAACAAGCCAACGGCGGCGCCUACCAGAAGCCCAGCAAGCAGGAGGAGUUCUAUGCCUGACGGGGCAGCCACUCCAGACCCCGCUCGCUCCUCCAAGGAGAACUGCAAGCUCAGCCUCCCCAGCCUGCCCCCGGCCCCCCGAGGCCUGGGGUGGGGUGGGGGGCCGCUCUGCUUCUCUGACCUCUGCCCAAAGACUUGGGGUGCAGGGAGUUUCCUGCUGGUGAACUUUCCACCACAGCUAGAACCUGGCAUCUCGCCAUUCUGACUCAGUUUCUGCAAACGGGAGCAGCCCCUCCCCAGCCCGGCUCCGCACUGCUUGGGACCUGGAUGGCCCCCUGUGGCCGGGGGCCCUGGUGGGGGGCUUCUGGCUUCUGGCUGACAUGCCUACAGCACUUACCAGUGGGGACCAGGGGCUUUGGGGUGCAGGGGAGAGGCGUCAGGGCUCUACCUGAAUUCACCGUUUCGUGGGGAGGUCUCAUUUAUCAACUGAUUUUGCACGUUUCCUAUAGUUUCUUUGUUCAUAUCCCAGUAGACUUGGUUCUUUCCCAGGUAAGUUAGUUGAUCUGGUAUCCCCUAAUCUACAGUCAGGAGAAAGCAUCAGGGUUAAGAGGACUCUUUCGUUUGGUUUUAAACUAGGAUCACCAAAUCCCGAAGCCGACAUUAGGCUUCGUUUGUGCAUUGCCUGAGCUUGUCGCUCACGUGCACGACAGGGUACGAAACAUCCCAUGACCCCCAUCGGGGGUCUAGCUACCAUGCACUGUCCUGGGGCCACCCUGUCUCAAGUGGCCAGGCCCCUGUCUGUGAACUCGUGCCCAUGGCUGGGGCCGGAGCUGCAGUGAAGCUGGGGGUCCUGGGGGCCCCGGGCUGGAGUCUGGGGAGGAGGACUACUGGGGUGGGGGGCCAGUGGCUGUGAGUCCGGAGUCUUCUGCGGCCAGUGCCUGGAAUUCCUUCCUUUGGAGCCAUCUCCGUGGGACACAUCCUCCUGGAACUGGACACGAGGGUCUCGGGACCCCCCAGCACUGAGCUCCUUGGCAAAGGACCAGGUUUGCCUUCAGUUCGCUCCUGUGGCCCCACCCGGGGCUGGAAAUCAGGAAUGUUUUCCAAAGAGGGAUAGUCUUUUGCUUUUGGCAAAACUGUACUUAAUCCAAUGGGUUUUUCCCUGUACAGUAGGUUUUCCAAAUGUAAUAAACUUUAAUAUAAAGUA